AAUCAUAAUCACUAUUGGAAAUCGGCGAAUAGUUAAAGAUAUUUCCCAAAUUUAAUUAUUUUUCACCUGUAAUUUGCGUUAAAACGUUUUUUUAAAUUAUCUAAAUUCUGUUUAACGCGUUAUUUCAUCACACGAGUGAACAUUUAUAUAUUUAUUAGCAGAGGAAAUAAUAUAAUAUAAUUCAGUCAUUAUACAAUAUAACCUAAUCCCGAAAUGUCGGUCACUAACAUUGAUACUGUAGAUAAUUUUGUAAAUUUCGUCAGGUCACCAUCCUUAACAGUUGUGCACUUCUCAGCUGAUUGGGCAGACCAAUGUGGUCAGGUUACAGAUAUUUUGAAAGAGCUGUCAAAAUUACCAGAAGUACAAUCCAGUGGUAGUAAAUUUGGUGUUUGUGAUGCUGAAAACCUUUCUGAAAUCUCACUGAAAUAUAAGGUGGAUUCUGUUCCUACUGUAAUAUUAUUUAAAAAUGGCACUCAAAUAGACAGAAUUGAUGGAGCUGAUGCUGCCCAAAUAUCAUCAAAGGUUAGAACCCACAGUGGAGCUAAAGAUAAUUUAGAUGUAUCACCUAAACAGUCAUUGGAAGAAAGACUGAAAGCUCUUAUAAAUAAACAUAAUGUAAUGGUGUUUAUGAAAGGGAAUAGAGAUGCACCUAGAUGCGGUUUCAGUAGAACUCUAAUUCAGAUUCUUAAUGGUACUGGAGUGCAGUAUGAAACAUUUGAUAUCCUAACAGAUGAAGAGGUUCGUCAAGGUCUAAAAACAUAUUCUGAUUGGCCCACAUAUCCUCAAUUGUAUGUCAAAGGAGAAUUAGUUGGUGGAUUAGACAUUAUAAAAGAACUUCAAGCUAGUGGAGAUCUUGAGUCUACUCUAAACCCUUGAAUUAUGCUCAUCUGUGUUGUGUAGCUCAUUUUUUAUUUAUUUAAUAAAAAUAUUGAAAUUUUA